CUUCUUCGGUUGCUAUGUGCGAGUAGGCCUAACUUAUUGCUCCUAGCAUAGAACCAUAUCCAUGGCCGGAGCUUCGAUCUUCGUCAUCCUGGUUUUAGCUGUCAUCGCCUCCGUCUCUGGGUUGUCGAGUACCUUCUCUGAUGAUAAUCCAAUCAGGCAAGUCGUAUUGGACGGAUUGCACGAGCUGGAAAGCCCGAUUGUCUCAAUCAUCGGCUCCACGCGUCACGCUCUCUCCUUUGCUCGCUUUGCUCACAGGUAUGGGAAGAGAUAUGAGAGUGCUGAGGAGACCAUUCAGCGUUUUGGUGUCUUUAAGGAGAGUUUGAGGACAAUUAGAUCCCAUAACAAAAAAGGACUUCCAUACAAGCUUGGAGUUAAUGAGUUUGCUGAUAUGACAUGGGAUGAGUUCCGUAAACAUAGACUAGGAGCUUCUCAAAACUGCUCUGCUACCUUAAAAGGCAAUCUUAAGAUCUCAAGCGCCAUCGUCCCAGAGACGAAAGACUGGAGGGAAGCUGGCAUAGUUAGCCCGGUGAAGAAUCAAGGCGAUUGUGGAUCUUGUUGGACUUUUAGCACCACUGGAGCUCUAGAAGCAGCUUAUGCUCAAGCAUUCGGGAAGAAUAUUUCCCUGUCAGAGCAGCAGCUUGUUGAUUGUGCUGGAGCUUUUAACAAUUUUGGUUGCAAUGGUGGUUUGCCAUCACAAGCCUUUGAGUAUAUCAAAUUCAAUGGCGGUCUUGACACCGAGGAAGCAUAUCCGUACACUGGAGAAGAUGCCGUGUGCAAGUUCUCUUCAAACAAUGUUGCUGUGAAAGUCAUUGACUCAGUUAAUAUCACCUUGGGUGCUGAAGAUGAACUAAAAUAUGCAGUUGGGCUAGUAAGGCCAGUUAGCAUUGCGUAUGAGGUUGUUUCUGGUUUCAAAUUAUAUGAGAGCGGAGUUUACACAAGCACCGUUUGUGGGAAGAAUCCCAUGGAUGUGAACCAUGCAGUUCUGGCAGUGGGAUAUGGAGUGGAAAAUGGAAUCCCAUAUUGGCUCAUUAAGAACUCGUGGGGAGAAAAAUGGGGUGACCAUGGGUACUUCAAAAUGGAAAUGGGAAAGAAUAUGUGUGGUAUCGCAACUUGUGCUUCGUACCCAGUCAUUGCUUGAGUGAGUGUUACUCCUACGAAUGCCGUUGCUCUUUGGAAGGCAUGAGUGCAAUCUGUGUGGAGCACAUCAAUGUCCUUUAUGUGCAAAUUGUAUUCUUCUUCAACUUGUUUUGUGUGUUGGACACCUAAAACAAACAUUAUUAUAUCAUACUGCGUUUUGUUGAUCUUUUUUCUUUGCAAGUGUAAUUAGAGUUUGCAUCUCUCUUUGUCAUCCACAUCACAUUUGAGCCUGCACUCCAUUUUGAAACGAAUAGUAUUUGAGUCUUCAAGUUAGAAAAAUGUGUAAAUGAGGGGUUCUAACUCCAGUCUGAAAGAAGAAAUUUGAGUGCAAAUAUUGAU